GGAUGCAGCCCGGUAGGAGUGGGGCCCGGAGGGAUGCUGGAGACGAGGCUGGUCCAGGCAGGUGGGGCUAAGGAUGAUCGAUCUGGGAGGAGAGUGGGAGCUGCCGGGCCCUGAAGAAUAAAGUGGAAAUCUGAAGGAAAUCUGGGGGAUAGAUUGCUAAGGACGGCUGGGAUGUUAGGGAUGGAGUUGCUAAAGGUGACUGACACCCAGGAUCGAUCCCAGAACUGAGACUGCUAGAAUUAGCCCGACGGAAAGCUGAGGAUGGCUUUCAAAACGUCCCGCCCCCAGCCACCGAGCCCCUGGGCAGGAAGGGUUCAAACCCCAACUGCAUCUCAUCCUAGCCGUGCCAUUGAGUCACCCGGUUGCUCAGUUUCCCAUAUGUGACAGGGUUGAUGACGGCCACCACCUCAUAGGAAUGCUGCGAGGCCUCCCGGCAUCAAUGUCAUUAAUCUAUGCAAAGCGCUGAGCAGCGAGGCUCGGAGACCUCAUUAAUUAUCCUCUCUCGCCAGCAUCUGCUGCACCACUCCCCUCAGAGACCUUUCAGCCAUUCAGUCUCCCUCCCCCACGGACACCCUGACCGACGCACGCACGGACGGACGGACGGACGGCCCUGCCUGGCAUCUCUCCAUCCCCGUGGCACCCACCAAAGGAAUCUGACCGUCCCUGCUUUUGACGCUGCCCGCCACCAUCUCCCUACCAUGAGCCCCCUUCUUGGGUGCUGGCUCUGCUUCUGUCUGCUCCUCUUUUCCUCCCUGGGAGUCCAGGGAAACCCAGCGUAUCCUCAUGCUACGCCAGAGCAAGUCCAUCUGUCCUACCCAGGUGAGCCUGGCUCCAUGACCGUGACCUGGACCACAUGGGCUCCAGCCCGGUCCGAGGUGCAGUUCGGCAUGCAGCUGUCUGGGCCGCUCCCAUUCCGUGCCCACGGCGCUGCCACCACCUUCGUGGAUGGGGGAGUUCUGCGGCGCAAGCUGUACAUCCACCGAGUGACGCUGAGGAAGCUGCAGCCCGGGGCCCACUAUGUUUACCGCUGUGGCAGCUCUCAGGGCUGGAGCCGGCGGUUUCGCUUCACAGCCUUGAAGAAUGGGGUCCACUGGAGUCCCCGCCUGGCUGUGUUUGGGGACAUGGGGGCCGACAACGCCAAGGCUCUGCCCAGGCUGCGGAGGGACACCCAGCAGGGCAUGUUUGACGCAGUGCUCCAUGUGGGAGACUUUGCCUACAACAUGGACCAGGACAACGCUCGUGUUGGGGACAGAUUCAUGCGGCUCAUUGAACCUGUGGCUGCCAGCCUGCCAUACAUGACAUGCCCCGGGAAUCACGAACAGCGCUACAAUUUCUCUAACUACAAGGCUCGCUUCAGCAUGCCGGGGGACAAUGAAGGCUUGUGGUACAGCUGGGACCUGGGUCCCGCCCAUAUCAUCUCCUUCUCCACGGAGGUGUACUUCUUUCUCCACUAUGGCCGCCAUCUGGUCGAGAGACAGUUCCGCUGGCUGGAGAAAGACCUCCAGAAAGCCAAUAAGAACCGGGCAGCCCGACCCUGGAUCAUCACGAUGGGUCACCGGCCCAUGUACUGUUCCAACGCGGACCUGGAUGACUGCACGAAGCAUGAGAGCAGGGUCCGCAAAGGCCUCAAAGGCAAGCUGUUCGGGCUGGAGGACCUUUUCCAUAAAUAUGGUGUGGAUCUGGAGUUCUGGGCUCAUGAACACUCCUACGAGCGGCUGUGGCCGAUUUACAACUACCAGGUACUAAAUGGCAGCCUGGAAAAGCCCUAUACGAAUCCCCGAGGCCCAGUUCACAUCAUCACGGGAUCUGCGGGCUGUGAAGAGUUGCUGACUCCCUUUGUUAUAAAACCCAGACCCUGGAGCGCCAUGCGCUUGAAGGAGUAUGGGUACACUCGGAUGCACAUCCUUAACGGCACCCACAUGCGUCUCCAGCAGGUGUCUGACGACCAGGAUGGGAAGAUUGUAGACGACUUCUGGAUUGUUAGACCUUUGUUUGGCCGGAUGACGUACCACUAAGACCCGGGCUUCCCUCAUGAAGAUGCUUGCUGCUGGGACCAGGCAGUAUCCUGGCCUGGUCGGGGAGUCAGGGCAGGACCCCAACUCCCCUGCCAUCCAGAAGCCUGAGGGUGCAGGCCUGAGAGAGGUCAGACAGCUCUCACCUCCUGGAGAGGUGGGAGCCCAGACUGCUUGGGGAGGGAGGGCAGGUAUGUGGGCUCCAUAUGGCGGCCUCGACACACAGCCCCACCCUCCUGCGUCAUUCCGACAGAGCAGGGGACCCAUGGCCUCAGGAUAAAGAGGCUUACAGCCAUGGCUCCCUCGGGCCGUCUCCCCUGAAGGGUGUCCUGUGCCGGGAUCAGCAAGGUGGGCACAGCCCUCAUGAAGGAGUUGCCAACAGGGUUACUCUAAAACUCUCUUCCCACCCUGACUUGCAUGGACUGCUUAAUGUCCCCCUGUGCCUCAGUUUCCCAGCCAGCACUAUCUUCUCCGGGCAGAGAGGAUGGGGUAACAUUAUGGCCUCCCCCAGAGCACAGCUGACAAGACUUAAGUAGCACACAGAUCUGCUAUGUCCUCCCCUCGAUGUCCCUCUCUCUCUUCUCCCUUUUACACAUCCCGCCACGGCUUAUGGAGGAGCUACCAUACGCCAGGGACGGCACAAGACAGAUCUCUCCCCUCGCAGGAUGGACGUAGAAACGAGGACUUGAAUAACAAACAGCUUAUAAGGGAUAAGUGCUUGGGGGGGGCAGUGUCAGUUUGCAGGGAGAUGGGUGACACCUGGACUGCAGUUGACGGUAGGGGACACAGGUAAGGCAGGAAGGACGUCCACGGCCCCAGGCAGGCAGGUCAGUGUUUUCCCCACUGGCUGAGGGGGCCGCUGUGCCCGUCACCCAACAAUGAGGGAGAGAACAGAGCAGUGACAGAUUCCAUGGAGCCUCGUGGGUCCCGCUGAGGGCUUUGGAUGGAGGUGUGGGAUGCCUAGGCUGGCCCCAGAAGAUUCCUGCCCUGUGGGUCACCUCGUAGCUAUUCCUCCAUUGCGCCCAGCAGUCCAUUUCUGAGCCUCUUCAGGGCUCAGUCUCUGUUGCCUGUCACUCGAUCGAAGGCUCACGGAACGCGUCGAGCAUUUUAACUUUCCCUUUGCAAAGGCCGGUGAACUCAGGGGCUGAGCUUCCUGAGUUCACUCUGAAGUGCCUUCAGGUUGGAAGCCCCAGCCGCCCCCAGCAUGCUUUUAGACAGGUCCUCAUGUAGUCCAGGCUAGCCCUCAACUCCGUGUGUCUGAGGAUGUCCUUGGACUUCUGACCCUCCUUGCCUCCAUCUCCCAAAUGCUAGAACUGACAUCUUUUCUACCUUAGGCUUCCUCCCUGUUGUCCUCUCCUCAGGGGCCAGGUCUCUGGGACCCCGUAACUACUUCAGUGCCCGAUGCCUUCGCUGUGGGCCUCGAUCGUCAGUCAUUGUCUGGCUCCUCCUUGGGCACAGGGCUGUGCGAUGGUGACUAGCGGCCUUUUGUUCACGCUCGAGCCCGUCACCUCCAUCUAAACCUGCUAGGUUGGACUGAGGCCCCGGUGUCCCCUCUUCCCAGCCCGGCUGGUUCAUUGUUGCCCUGGGAUGGGUGUCUCUCAGUUUCCUAACAGCGGCCUUAGGAAGGAUGUCACAUGCCGAGCUCUGACCUGGCCGUGUCAGGGACAGCGGUGAAUCAGGCAGAGAAACCAGGUCACCCAACCUGAAUGACACACAAGGGGAGAAUGUUGACCAGCGAAGGCAUGUCAUAAAGGGCCAACUGGAGGCUGUGGCGGUGCCACCGCGGCCUGACUGGAGGUCUCGUGCUCUGGGCCCGGCUGUGUUCCUGCCUGACCGGGAGAGUCUACAGAGAGUGAAGGCCUGCGCUAGGUAGCACUAGGAGGCCGAGCCCGGCUUUGCCCACGUCCCGUGUGACGGCGGCAAGUCACGGGGCCUUGUGAACCUCUGCUUACCUAUGUGGAGAGAGGGGAGCCUGUAGGGAGCAGCCCCACACGGCAUGAAAGGCUCACCACCAGCCUGUAUUUUUCCCUCCCCUCCUUCUCCUCCUCCCUCUCCUCUCUCCUCCCCUCUUCCAGUUGCCACAGGCUGGACUUGAUCUGGUGGUCUUCUUGCCUCAGUCUCUCUGAGCUGGAGCUACAGGCAUGCGCCAUUAUUCCCGGCUGCCUUUAUUAUUAUUUUGGUUAAGUUUUAAUUUAUUUUUAUUUUAUGUGUAUGAGUGUUUUUCUUAUGUGUAUGUCUGUGCGCAUGAGGCCAGAAGAGGGCAUCCGAGUCCCCUGAGAUGGGAGUUACUGCUGGUUAUGAGCCACCAUGUGGACGCUGGGAACCGAACCUGGGUCCUCUUCAAGAGCAGCCAGUGCUCUUAACUGCUGAGCCAUCUCUCCAGCCCCCUAGCUGCCUUUUUAAAUUUUGCAUUUUG